AAAUAGUCGCUAUUGAUGAAAGUGCCGAAAUAACCAUUGUUAAUGAUAAUGCCAAAAUAACAACCAUUAAUGAAAGUGCCGAAAUAACCACUAUUAAUGAAAGUGCUGAAAUAACCGCUAUUAAUGAAA